AUGGUUUCUGCCAAGAAGGUACCUGCGAUCGCGACAACCUCCGGGGUCAGUUUCGCCCUCCUACACUUCCUGUGCCUGGCGGCUUGUUUAAACGAAACCCCAGGACAGAACCAAAAGGAGGAGAAAUUAUGCCAGGAAAAUUUUACCCGCAUCCUGGACGGUUUGCUCGAUGGUUAUGACAACAGGCUGCGUCCUGGAUUUGGGGGUCCUGUUACAGAAGUAAAAACUGACAUAUAUGUCACAAGCUUUGGACCUGUUUCUGAUGUUGAAAUGGAAUACACAAUGGAUGUGUUCUUCAGACAGACAUGGAUUGACAAAAGACUAAAAUAUGAUGGCCCCAUUGAAAUUUUGAGAUUGAACAAUAUGAUGGUAACAAAAGUAUGGACCCCUGAUACGUUCUUCAGGAAUGGAAAGAAAUCUGUCUCCCAUAAUAUGACAGCUCCAAAUAAGCUUUUUAGAAUUAUGAGAAAUGGCACUAUCUUAUACACAAUGAGACUCACCAUAAGUGCGGAGUGUCCCAUGAGAUUGGUGGAUUUCCCCAUGGAUGGUCAUGCAUGCCCUUUGAAAUUUGGGAGUUAUGCAUACCCGAAGAGUGAGAUGAUUUAUACCUGGACGAAAGGUCCUGAGAAAUCAGUAGAAGUUCCAAAGGAGUCUUCCAGCUUAGUUCAAUAUGACUUGAUUGGGCAAACCGUAUCAAGUGAAACUAUCAAAUCCAUUACGGGUGAAUAUAUUGUUAUGACGGUUUACUUCCACCUCAGACGGAAGAUGGGUUAUUUUAUGAUUCAGACGUACAUUCCAUGCAUUAUGACAGUGAUUCUUUCUCAAGUUUCAUUCUGGAUAAAUAAGGAAUCAGUUCCAGCUAGGACUGUAUUUGGAAUAACCACAGUCCUCACCAUGACCACACUGAGCAUCAGUGCACGACAUUCUUUGCCCAAAGUGUCUUACGCUACUGCCAUGGACUGGUUCAUAGCUGUCUGCUUUGCUUUUGUAUUUUCGGCCCUUAUUGAGUUUGCUGCUGUCAACUAUUUUACCAAUAUUCAAAUGGAAAAAGCCAAAAAGAAGACGUCGAAAGCUUUCCAGGAAAUUCCAGCUGUUCCAGUGCUGAGAGAAAAGCAUCCUGAAGUACCUUUGCAGAACAUAAAUGCCAAUCUGAACAUGAGAAAAAGAACAAAUGCCUUGGUCCACUCUGCAUCUGAUGGUGGCAACAGAACUGAGGUGGGAAACCAUUCAAGCAAAUCUUCCACAGUUGUUCAAGGAUCCUCGGAAGCCACACCGCAGUCUCAGUUAGCUUCCAGUCCAAACCCGUUCAGCCAUGCAAGUGCAGCUGAAACGAUAUCUGCGGCAAGAGCACUUCCAUCUGCAACCUCUUCUGCGCCUAGUAGAACUGGGUAUGUGCCCCGACAAGCUUCAGUUGGAUCUGCUUCUACUCACCGCGUGUUUGGAUCAAGACUGGAGCGAAUUAAGACCACAGUUAAUACUAGAGGGGCUUCUGGGAAGUUGUCAGCCACUACUCCUGCCUCUGCUCCACCACCUUCUGGAUCUGGCGCAAGUAAAAUAGAUAAAUAUGCCCGCAUUCUCUUUCCAGUAACAUUUGGGGCAUUUAACAUGGUCUAUUGGGUUGUUUAUUUAUCGAAGGACACUAUGGAAAAAUCAGAAAGUCUAAUGUGA